CAGUUCUUGUUCUUGUUGGAAUUAUUUCUCUCACUAAAAGUAAAAUCAAUAACAAAUUCAUAGGUAAUGUGUCCGCCAUUGUAUAUUCAGUAUCGUGUUAUUAUAACUUUGUAUCGAAAUCUAAAAUGCAACGAUAUAUACAGUACAUCGAAUUAAAAAAGAUUUUAUUUUAAAACAAUGGACUUCUACUAUAAAGUACUUACUGUGCUCCUGUUCAUUAAAUCAGUGCAUCUUUACUGUGGUCCAUACAAUGGAAAAAUAUGUAAAAAUUAUUCAACGGGUUACGUCUGGUAUAAUCAGAGCACUGGAGGCUUACACAAUGAAAACAUUACAACAGGAUUGUGGAAGGAGAUGAUAUCUACUUUGAAAGAACCAUGCAGAAGCAGAGCUGAAAAAUUACUUUGUGCUUACGCUUUCCCAAAGUGUAUUGAUAAAGAUGGGGUAGGUUAUUUUGCUUUACCCAUAUGUUAUGAAGACUGUAUGGCUGUUAAAAUGCAAUUUUGUUACAAUGAUUGGGUUGUUAUUGAAGAACAGAAACGUCGUGGAGUGUUCUUUGAAUCCCGAGGACAUUUUAGAUUUCCUGAAUGUGAGAAGCUUCCUAAAUAUGCAGGUAAAGGCACACAAGUUACAUGUCAUAGCACAGGUAUUACUGAUAUGGACUAUAGUGAAAUAACAACUAAUUGUAUCAAAGGUAAUGGUAGAUAUUAUCAAGGCACAACAAACAUGACAGAAACAGGAUUAGCCUGUCAAGCUUGGGAGUCACAGUCCCCUCAUCAACAUACUAGGCCACCUCUUGUCUUUCCAGAAGUACAAAAUUCCACAAAUUAUUGUAGAAAUGCAGGAGGUGAAGAGCAGAAACCUUGGUGCUAUACCAUGGAUCCAAAUGUAAGAUGGGAGCAUUGUGAUAUACCAGCAUGUGCCAAUUCAAGUGAUGAAUUUGACAAUAUCAGUGGUCCAAAUAUAGUUAUGGAAAAUUAUUUCACACCAUCUUUUGUAUUAUUACUCUCAGUUGGUGGACUAGGCUGCGUUCUUCUUAUAGCAUCAGUAGCACUGCUGUGUCAUUAUUUCUUGAAAAAUCAUUAUUCCAAAUGUAACAUUUCAAAUCGUAGAGAUGGACAAAACAUGGAUAUUGAUUUAGACAAACUUCCCAGCAAUUUAGCCUACCAUACUACUGGAGCACAAUUAAAUCCAAAACUUGAAAAACUUGAGUUCCCUAGAAAUAAUAUAAUUUACAUACGUGACUUAGGUCAAGGUGCAUUUGGAAGAGUUUUCCAAGCCAAGGCACCAGGGCUCGUGCCAGAAGAAGAAUUCACUCUGGUUGCUGUUAAAAUGCUCAAAGAUGAAGCUUCACAUGACUUGCAACUAGAUUUUGAAAGAGAAGCUUGUUUACUAGCAGACUUUGAUCAUCCUAAUAUAGUGAAAUUAUUAGGUGUUUGUGCUAUUGGUCGACCAAUGUGCUUAUUAUUUGAAUACAUGGGAAAAGGUGACUUGAAUGAAUAUUUAAGAGCUUGUAGUACAGCACCCAACUUUGCACCUGCUGUAGAAAACAGAGAAGACUUAAGACUACUUGCAAUGCCUCUCAGCCACUUGGACCUGUUGCAUAUUGCAAGACAGAUUGCUUCAGGAAUGGUGUAUCUUUCAGAUCGCAAAUUUGUUCAUAGGGACUUAGCAACUAGGAAUUGUCUAAUUAAUGAUGACAUGGUUGUAAAAAUCGCUGAUUUUGGCCUAUCACAUAAAAUUUACUUACAAGAUUAUUAUAAAGGGGAUGAACAUGAUGCUAUUCCUGUGAGAUGGAUGCCACUAGAGAGUAUUUUGUAUAAUAAGUAUACGUUAGAAUCUGAUGUCUGGGCAUAUGGUGUAUGCCUAUGGGAAAUAUUUUCAUUUGCUCUACAGCCAUACUUUGGUAUGACACAUGAAGAAGUAGUAAGAUUUUUGAAAGAUGGCAAUGUACUUGCUUGUCCUGAUAAUACACCAAGAUGUGUUUAUGAUUUGAUGAAACAGUGUUGGAACCACCAUCCUAGUGAUCGUCCCAACUUUAGGGUUAUUUACCAGACAUUAGAUAACAUACAAAUAAUUCUUGAAAGAACACAACAUAAUGAAUGAGUUCAUAGUGUUUAAUAUUAAGAAUAUUUAAGCAUUGAAGUUUGUAUUAUAAUUUAAUAUUGCUAGUAAUUUAUUUUACAAAAUGAUGUAUAAUGUUUAGAACUGUCCAUUUUUGAUUGUAUAACGAAAUGCCUGUUCUCAUUAUGUCAUAAUAUGUUGGCAUAAGUACUAUUGAAUCAUGACAAUUAUGCCUGAAUUAUUUAUUUAAAAUUUAGGGUCAGAUAAAUGUGGCACAAAGAAACUAGAAAAUGUACUUAAUAUAAAGCUUUGCAUUCAUCAAAGGUAAAGUCAAUUCUGCUACUUUUGAAUAUUUAGUCAAAUUAUUAAUAAAGUCAACACAUUUAAAGUAACAUGUCUGAAAGUGUCUUCAUUUUUAUGUUAUUAAUAAAUUCAUCAGUUAUAUUUUCAGUUGUAAUAUUUUAUUACAUUUUAAUUAAUACCAAUACUAUACUUUUUGUAAAGACUGAUUUUAAUUAAUUACUUAAAUAAAAAUGCACAAUGAUCCUACAACAAUUACUUAGUUCUCAAUAUAUCUUGGAACUGUUCUUUUGUGAUACUGUAUAUUAUUUAUUUAAUUGUGAUUCCUAAUAGGUACGUACUUUAAUAACCAAUUGCACUGUUUUGUACUGUUCAUUAAUAAAUAUAUCUGCCUGGGUAUGAUUGAAUUUUGUUAUAUUGAUAAUUCAUAAUGACCAUUUAUUUAACUUUUUGUAUAGAAAAAAUAACUCAACAAUAGAUGAUAAAUUUUUUAAGAAUUUAAAAUUACGUUAUUACGUCGAAUGUUUUUUUAAUUAAAAUAACAGUUAGUCUUAGAUAUAUGUAUGUAUUAAUUUUAAGAUGUAAAAUGGCCCGAAAAAAUUAACGAAACAUACUGCCAAAUGAAAAUCUGUAUGUACAAAUAUAUAUUUUUCAUAUUGCAGAUACAUAUACUAAAUUCCAUUUUAUUAUGAUUUAUAAAAAACGUAAUAUUAGAUAAUAUGUACAUACUUUUUAUAAUUUUAGUUGUUAUCUAAGAAAAUAAAUUGUGUAAACUAAAACUUGUUUUUAAAUAUUCUUCAUACAUUUUUAACUAACUGACCCGGCGAACUUCGCACCAGUUUUUUUUUUGUACUUGCUUCGGCAGUACAUAUACUAAAAUUGGAGCGACACAUACCCGUUUUUUAUAAAUAUAUAUGUUUUUAUAUAUUUUCUUAUGUUAUUACCUUGCGUCGACAAUAAGGGACUCAUAAAAAAAUAAUCAUUUAAUAUGGUACAGUUACGCAUGUUUUGGUGAUUCAUUUAUAUAUAUAUAGAUUUUGCAUUCACAAUAGGUACUAUAUUCGUGCCUAUUCAUCUUAAAAUACUCCAUAAAUAUCUCCAACGCCUGGAUUUCUUUUUCUUUUCUAACCUUCACUUCUAUUACAAUUCAUUUAAUC